AUAACUCAUAUGCCACAUAACGAGGCCCGGAGGCAGCCACUAUGGAUGGCCUCGCAUUCCCGGUCAGGGUCAGCGCUGCACGGUCGGUGGUGGCCUAUAUCUCCUAGCCCUGCCUUUAUAUUGUCGGCAUAAUUACAGGAGAUUUGCCAUUAUCCAAGAUGGCGGACACAGCAUCCGAUUCCGGUGACAUGUAAGUGCUUCCUUCGUUUCUAUAGUAAAAGUCUUCCGUCGGCCACAUGCGCAGUGUGCUGCCAACCAGGUCCGCGCAUCCUCCAAAGGGCAGCCAACCAGAGCCGCGCAUGCGUGAAGCCGUUAGCUCUUGGCUCUCUAGGCCUCGUUUUCUUACGCUCGCCGGGACUCGGCUCUACAUUCUCUCGAGCUAGAGGAGUGGAGGCAGGGUUCUGCCACCGGGAGAAGAUUGCCAGCAAAUCAUGACUUCUAAGACGUCCGCCUCCGGUCUUCCGCCUUCCCCGGCCCAGCUGGACAGGAGCCGCAUGGCUGAGGAGAUCCUGAACCUCAUGCUGGAGAUCGUCUACCUGCUGACGGGAGAGGAUUACAUCGUUGUGAAGAACCCGGACGGACGCAAGACGCGGAGCCCAAGCCCGACCCCCCGGACCCGCCAGAGGACCUCUCAGAGGACCUCUCAGAGGAACCGCGAGCAGAAGAUCCUGGAACUGACCAACAAGAUGAUGUCCCUGCUGACUGGAGAGGAAUGGCAGAGUUUGGAUGAUGACAAAGACUUUCUCAAUGUGGUCAAGGUAGAGGAUGAGGAGCUGCCGCUCAGUACACCAGAGGGUAAGGAGAGCGAAUCAGAGCAGAGCAGCUCCGACGGCGAAGACUCCACGACCAAUAGAAGCCACGCGCGUCGCUGUUCGGACAGGCCGGGCCCUCAGAAAGAAGCGCGGGGCCCCGCGUCCUCGGACGAAGAUGACAGCGAUGCACCCGGCGAUCAGGCAGAAGACGCAGAGGAUCCGCCGCCCAGCGGGAAGCCGCCGGUGGAGCUUCCCACGCGUAUCAGCUCAGGAAGCAAACGGAAGGAGCGGCAUUCUGAAACGGAGGACGAGAGACAAAGCGAGUCGGAGAUAAAGCAGGAAGGUAAGGUUGCGUCGAAGGACGAGGAGAUGCUCCUGAUAGUCCAGGUGAAGGAGGAGGAGAUCCCGAUGGACAUCGGCACAGGUAGCCAAACGCGUGAGAACGCGGGAAGACAAGGUUCUCGAGCACCGGGAGAGUCUCCUCGUACCAGGAAGUCUCGCGUCGGCCCCCAGAAGACAAAAUCCGGGCAGGACCGGCCUUUCGCGUGUCCGGAAUGCGGAAAGUGCUUUGUCAGCAAGUCCCGUCUGAUUUCCCACCAGAAGAACCACACGGGGGAGAAGCCAUUCGCGUGUCCCGAGUGCGGGAAGGGCUUUUUCUGCAACUCCCACCUGGUCCGACACCAGAGACUCCACACCGGGGAGAAGCCAUUUCCGUGCCCGGACUGCGGCAAAUGCUUCAGCCAGAGCUCCAACCUGGCCAUACACCAGCGGAUCCACACCGGCGACAAGCCCUUCGCGUGUUCCGUGUGCGCCAAGCGCUUCGUGUGUAACUCCCAUCUGGUGAUCCACCAGCGGGUGCACACGGGGGAGAAGCCCUUUGCCUGCUCGGAAUGCGGGAAAUGUUUCAUCAGUAACACCAUCCUGGUGGCCCACAUGAGAGUCCACUCGGGAGAGAAGCCGUACGGCUGCUCGGUGUGCGGGAGGUGCUUCACGCGCAAAUCCGACCUGGUGGCGCACGAGCGGAUCCACACGGGAGAGAAGCCGUUCUCAUGUUUGGAGUGCGGGAAAUGCUUCACCCAGAGCUCCUGUCUCGUGUCCCACCGGAAGAUCCACCUGGCGGAGAAGCCGUUCGUGUGUUCUGAAUGCGGCAAACGCUUCGCCCAGAAACCCGACCUGGACGCCCACCAAGCGACCCACAGCGGGGAGAAGUCCUUCAUCUGCUCCGUGUGCGGGAAGUGCUUCACGCGCUACGCAGAUCUCCUGGAACAUCAGCAGAUCCACAAGGAGCCCGGGGAGAAAUACCACUGGCGGUUUGCCCUCAUCCAAAAUGGCGCCGAUGAGCAUGCGCUCCAUGUUACUUCACUUCUAAUACUUCCGGCUUCCAUCACCGCGACUUCACUGGCGUCAUCGCAGAGCGCCGCCCCCGGCUAUAGAAGUGGGCCGGUAUUCGGAGGGGCCCCGAGUCGAUCUCACGAUAGCACGGAGAGGAUGAUUGGGAAAACCUGGGGCCGCCCCGCAGAGAUGGACGACACCGCGAGGGGGCAGGGCCGGUGCGAGUUCGAGGAGGUUGCCGUUUACUUCUCCGAGGAGGAGUGGGGAUGUCUAACGGGAGAAGAGAAGGAGCUUUACAGGGAGGUGAUGAUGGAGAAUUUCCGGACCCUCAGCUCUCUGGGACUGGUCAGGGGGACCCCUCCGAUCAUCUCCGGCAUCGAGAGGGGGGAAGAGCCGUACGCAAGGGGCCACCGGCAGCCCGAGGAGAAGGAGAGGCCGGGGUAUAUAUUCGCAGAUGAUGUCAUCGGCGGAUUCGCGGCUGGAGGGGAAGGAAUCAUCCGGAACCAAAGUGAGGCGAUCAGAGAGAAAACAGGAAACGGAAAAGCGUGCGCCAUGCGGAAAUCCUUUCCCUGCCUGGAAUGCGGCAAAGCCUUUCGGUGCAGCUUUAAACUGGUGGCGCAUCAGGGGGCCCACGCGGGCCAGAAGCCCUUCCCCUGCCCCGAAUGCGGGAAGUGCUUCAGCCGGAAGGCCAAUCUCCUCUCCCAUCAGAAGGUCCACUCUGGGGAGAGUCCGUACUCCUGCGUGGAGUGCGGGAAGUGCUUCACCCAGCACACCAACCUGGUGGCCCAUCAGAAGAUCCACACCGGGGAGAAGCCGUUCGCGUGUUCAGAGUGCGGGAAGAGCUUCAGCCAGAAGGCCAACCUCGUCACGCAUCGCAAAAUCCACCGGGCAGGGAUGCCGUUCACGUGUUCGGAGUGCGGCAGGUGCUUCAGCUGCAGCGCGGAGCUCGUCACGCAUCAGAAGAGCCACGCGGGGGAGAAGCCCUUCCCGUGUCCCGAGUGCGGCAAAUGCUUCAGCCGCAACUCCAACCUGGUCACGCACCAGAAGAUCCACACGGGGGAGAAGCCGUUUUCCUGCCCCGAGUGCGGUAGAUGCUUUACCCGGAACUCCAACCUCGUCACGCACAUGAGGCUCCACGCGGGGCCCAAGCCCUUCUCGUGUCCCGAGUGCGGAAAGUGCUUUAAGUGCCACGCCAGUCUCGCCUCGCACAAGCAGUUCCACGAGGAGCAGAAACGCUUCAUGUGCAUCGAGUGCGGGAAAGGCUUCAGCUACGUCUCCAAGCUGCUCCGCCACCAGAGGAGCCACACGGGGGAGAAGCCGUUCGCGUGUCCGCAAUGCGGGAAGUGCUUCGUUACCAACUCGCUGCUCUCUAAGCACGCGCGGCUUCACGCCGAAGGGAAGUACGUCCUCAAGACUGGCGCUGAACUUGAAACAUUUGCCACAGUCGGGGCACGAGAACGGUUUGGCCCCGGCGUGGCUCCUCUGGUGGCGAAGGAGGUGCAGCUUCUCGCCGAAACACGCGCCGCACUCGGCGCAGGCGAAAUGCUUCACUACGGCGCUAGUUGCGUCCGGGUUCUCGCCAGGCUCCCGUUGGCCGGUCCGAGGCGUCACGCCGCUGUCCCCGUCCGGAUCGUGGCCCGGUCCUUCCCCCCCAGGACUGUCGGAGAUGAGCCGUCUCUUGGCGUGAGCUUUCUGGUGGGAAGCGAGACUCCUGUCCUUCUCCCGCGCGUGGAUCUUGCGGUGGAUCACCAGGUUGGUGCUGCACGUGAAGAACUUGCCGCACUCGGAACACGAGAAGGGCUUCUCCCCGGUGUGGACCCGCUCGUGUUUGGCCAGGUUGGACUUGGUGGCGAAGCGUUUCCCGCACUCCACGCAGGCGAACGGCCUCUCCCCGGUGUGGACCCGCUGGUGCCUGACGAAGUCCGACGUGCUGACGAAGGACUUGGCGCAGACGCGGCAGGGGAAGGGCUUCUCCCCGCUGUGGAUCCGCUGGUGGAUGAUGAGGUAGCACUUGGCGCGGAAGCUCUUCCCGCACUCGGGACAUGCGAAGGGCUUCUCGCCCGUGUGUGUGCGCUGAUGAAACACACGAAGGGCUUCUCCCCCGUGUGGAUCGACUGGUGUCGCAGGAAGUGCGAAUGUUUGACAAAGCGCUUGCCGCACUCGGGGCAGGAGAAGGGCCUCUCUCCGGGGGGGACGCACCGGUGGCCGAGGAACCGCGACUCGGUGAUGAAGCGCUUCCCGCACGCCGGACACGCGAAGGCCUUCUCCGCCUGGCACCGGUGUCUACGGAACCGCGACUCCAUGAUGAAGCGCUUCCUGCAGUCGCUACACGAGAACGGCUUCUCGGGGGAGGGGAUCCGCGGGGGAGGGACUCCAGGGGACUCCUCCUCCUCUAUAUCCGAUUCCUCUGCCUUUAUCACCACACAUUCCACGUCCUGCAUCACCAGCAUGGUACGCGGCGUGCGAGGCGGCUGCCGGUGUCAGACAUCACCGACAUGGUACCCGGCAUGUGUGGCGGCUGCCGGUGACAGACAUCACCGACAUGGUACCCAGCGUGUUUGGCGGCUGCCGGUGACAGACAUCACCAACACGACACCGUACCCGGCGUGUGAGGUGGCUGCCGUCGUCAUAGAGACGGGCGCGCAGAACCCGAGCCCCGCUGUUGAGUGCGGAUGCGACGUCACUGGAUGGGAGCGCCCGCUCGGCGCCAUGUUGGAUGAGGGCAGGAACGUAUGCCGUGUAACAGUUUACACGGGGAAUCGGCGGUUACCAUGGCCGAGUACUUACCCCACCUGGGGCAGGAUGGAAAGUGCCAGCAUUACCCCCCACCAUCUGGAAGAGUCAGUGACCGUAAAGGUGGAGGAUGAAGAUGCCCCAGACCCCGUGGCGUGUACCGGCCAAGACGAGUGUGUGAUCGAGUACUCGACCGUUUGUAUUAAGGAGGAGACUAUUGAGGACAGCGCAGAGCUGCCACCGAGCUGCCACGAGGUUGCGGAGAAAUCCAUGGGGGGAUCCUAUGGUUAUGGUGGCCAUUUUGAAUGUUUUUCCUACAGCCACACAGCUGGAAACCAACUCUGGGACUGCCAGGAGUGCGGCCAGGCCUUCUUCUGCAAGUCCGAUCUUGAGCAGCAUCAGAGGUCCCACCGUGAAGAGAGGUCCUUCAUCUGCACCGAAUGCGGGAGGUUCUUCGACAGAUACUCUAACCUCCUCCGACACCAGCGGGUCCACACCGGCGAGAGACCGUACGCCUGCGCCGACUGCGGCAAGUCCUACAAACAGAGCGCCCACCUCGCCCGGCACCAGAAGAGCCACGCCGCCGUGAGGACCUACCGCUGCCGGGACUGCGGCCACCGCUUCGCUGCCAAGGCCGAGCUGGCCAUACAUCGAAGCGCUCACAGGGGGAGGACUCAGUAUGCAUGCGCGGUCUGCGGGAAGUGCUUCAUACACAUGUCUAACCUGGUCGUUCACCAGAGGAUCCACACGCAGGAGAAGCCGUUCGCCUGCUCCACGUGCGAGAAGAAAUUUGCCCACAAGUCGGAUCUUGCGAAGCACGAGAGCGUCCACCGCGGAGAGAAGCUCUUCCCGUGUCUGAGGUGCACAAAGAGCUAUUCCUGCAGCUCGAGCCUCCAGCGGCAUCAGAAGAUUCACAAGGAUGAAGAAGAAGAGACAGAGUCGACCCUCCAUUGGGUGUCGUCGGCGACGUCUACCGGAUGGCAAUGGUUCCCCUGGACUUCCCGGGACCCCGUAUCAGUGAUCUUCCUACAACUCCUCAGGACGUUAGAGGCUCCUGUCGGCCGAGCAGAAAGGGUUAACAUCCUGGAGCUUUUGAGACCAGCAGCCCGCGUUGCGCGGCCUCCAGUCACUCAUCAGGCCGCCGUCGUCGUGGAGAUAGCGCCUCUCGCCAGCGUGGAUCCUGGCGUGCCGGUUGAGGUGGCCCUUGUGGCCAAAGCGCUUGCCGCACUCGGGGCAGGAGUAGGGCUUCUCGCCGGUGUGGAUGCGCUGGUGGACGACCAGGUUGGAGUUGUUGGUGAAGCACUUGCCGCACACGGGACACGCGAAGAGCUUCUCCCCCGUGUGGAGCCGCUGGUGGAUGGCCAGGCUCGACUUGUAGAAGAAGAGCUUUGCGCACGCUGGGCACGAGAACUUCUUCCCCCCGUGGACGGUCUGAUGCUUGUCCAGCCCCGAGCUGCUCGUGAAGCGCUUCUCGCACGCCGGGCACUUAUACGUCCUGUCCGCCGGCCGGGGUAUCUCCUGAGGGCCGGCCGACCUACUGCCCCUUCUGGGGUGAUCCUGCCCCUUCGCAGACAGGAACGUCUUGGCUCUCUUCUGCAGAGCGCUGUUCAUUCUGUGAUAGCCCCUGAACGGAUAAGGAUCACUCAUGCGGACGUAGGUGUAAUGCGGGCGGACGGAGCCCUCACCUCUCCGCUCAGCAGCGAGACGAUCUGCAGGGCGAGCUCCAGGACUCUCUCGCCCAUCGCGUCUCCGGAUCGCUUCAUGGUCGGCGGGAAGGGAGCUUUAAGUCGUCGCUCUAUGAAAGAGGAGAGAGCAGAAGACGUCGUUGGGGUCCUGGAUCCCGUCUUGGAGAUGAUCUACCAGCUGAAUGGACGGGAGUCGUGCGAGUUCGAGGAGGUUGCCGUUUACUUCUCUGAGGAGGAGUGGCGAUGUCUAACGGGAGAAGAGAAGGAGCUUUACAGGGAGGUGAUGAUGGAGAAUUUCCGGACCCUCAGCUCUCUGGGAAAGAUCCAGCUGACGCCUCCUGUCGUGUCUGUGAUAGAGAGCGGGGGAGAGCCCUUCGUGCCGCGUCAGCCUGACGAGAGAGCGGGGCCCGUAGUGACUCUCACAGAGGAACCAUUUGGCCGAGACUCCAUCCCAAUGAGCUCAACAGCAUGGCUGCUGGAAGACCUCGGCCUCUUGACUCUCGCCCAAAGUUGUCAGAGAGCGGAUGACGUCAUAGUUAACGUUCCGAGCGAGAGCCCGCAGGAAGCUGUGAACAUAAAGAGCGAGGACCCGCGCGAGGAGCAGAAAUUCUCCCAAUCCCUUAUGUUUGCGCUGAAGCGAGACCCCGAAGCCCAGAUUAAGGGUCUUAGCGAAGGCAGCGCGUUCCCCUGCGCCGAGUGCGGAAAGCAGUUUCCUUACCGCUCAGAACUGGUCCGACAUCAAAAGGUCCACUCGGGCAAGAAGCCGUUCACGUGUUUCGAUUGCGGCAAAGGCUUUGCCAGCAACUCCAACCUUUUCGUGCAUCGGCGGAUCCACACGGGCUACAGGCCGUUCAAGUGUCCUGACUGCGGGAAGUCCUUUACCCAGAAAUCGGGUUACGACGCCCAUCAGAGGAUCCACACGGGCGAGAAACCGUUCGCGUGUUCCGAGUGCGGCAAACGCUUCAGCCAGAAGUCAAGCUACAUAGCACACGGAAGAAUCCACACGGGGGAGAAGCCCUUUGCGUGUUACGAAUGCGGGAAACGCUUCAGCAGUAUAUCGGGUUUUAUUAACCAUCACAGGAUCCACACGGGGGAGAAGCCGUACGCCUGUUCCGAGUGCGGCAAGCGCUUCACCCAGAAAUCGGGGUACAUCGCGCACAGAAGGAUCCACACGGGGGAGAAGCCGUUUGUAUGUUCUGAGUGCGGAAAGCGUUUCAGCCAGAAGGCAAGUUUCAUCACGCACCAGCGGGUCCACACGGGGGAGAAGCCGUUUGUAUGUCCCGUGUGCGGGAAGCGUUUUGGCAGCAUCUCCGGCUUUCUCACGCAUCAGAAGAUCCACACGGGCGUCAAGCCGUUCUCCUGUGCCGAUUGCGGGAAGCGUUUCACACAGAAGUCGGGGUACGUGGCGCAUCGGAGAAUUCACACUGGGGAGAAGCCUUUCGCGUGUUCUGAUUGCGGGAAGCGCUUCACCCAGAAGUCCGUGUACGUCGCUCACCGGCGGAUCCACACAGGGGAGAAGCCGUUCCAGUGCUCUGACUGCGGGAAGCGCUUCACCCAGAAGUCCGUGUAUAUCGCCCAUCAGCGGACGCACACGGGAGAGAAGCCCUUUUCGUGUUCCGAGUGCGGGAAACGUUUCGCCAACCCUUCGUACCUGAACGCCCAUCUCAGGAUCCACUCGGGUGAAAAGCCCUUUCCGUGCGCUGAAUGCGGGAAGUGCUUUACGCAGAAAUCUAUAUACAUGGCGCACAAACGGAUUCACACCGGAGAGAAACCCUUCGCGUGUACCGAGUGCGGGAAGUGCUUUACUCAGAAGUCAAGUUACAUGGCGCACCAGAGGAUCCACACGGGAGAGAAGCCCUUCCCGUGUUCCCAGUGCGGGAAAUGCUUCAGCAGCAUCUCCGGCUUCAUCACCCACCAGCGGACUCACACGGGCGAGAAACCGUUUGUGUGUUCGGAUUGCGGCAAGUGUUUCACGCAGAAGUCCGGCUUCGUGGCGCACUACAGAACUCACACCGGGGAGAAGCCGUUUUCGUGCGGGGAAUGUGGGAAAUGUUUUAGCCAAAAAUCCAGCUUUAUUGCCCAUAGAAGAAUUCACACGGGGGAGAAACCCUUUGUGUGUCAGGCGUGCGGAAAGUGCUUCAGCAGCAUCUCCGGUUUCAUCAACCACCAGAGGAUCCACUCAGGGGUGAAGCCGUACGAGUGUCCCGACUGCGGCAAGUGCUUCACCCAGAAGUCGGGUUACAUCGCGCAUCAGAGGAUCCACACGGGGGAGAAGCCGUUCGAAUGCUACGACUGUGGGAAGUGUUUCACCCAGAAAUCCGUUUUCGUGGCGCAUCAAAGAAUCCACACGGGUGAGCGGCCGUUCUCGUGUUCUGAAUGCGGGAAACGUUUUACCCAGAAGAGCGGUUAUAUCGCCCACCGGCGGAUCCACACGGGAGAGAAGCCCUUCUCGUGCACCGAAUGUGGAAAGCGUUUCGCCAACUCGUCGUAUCUCAGUGCUCAUCAGAGAAUCCACACGGGGGAGAAACCCUUCGGCUGCUCCGAAUGCGGGAAGUGCUUUACGCAGAAGUCCAUUUACAUGGCCCACCGGAGGGUCCACACCGGUGAGAAGCCAUUCGGAUGUUCCGAGUGCGGGAAAUGCUUCAGCCAAAAAUCGAGCUAUGUGGCUCACCAGAGGAUCCACACCGGGGAGAAACCGUUCGCCUGCUCCGACUGCGGCAAGAGCUUCAGCAGUAUCUCGGGUUUCGGAAAUCAUCAGAGGAUCCACACGGGGGUGAAACCGUUUGCGUGUUCGGAUUGUGGGAAAUGUUUCACUCAGAAAUCGGGGUACGUGGCCCAUCGGAGGAUCCACACAGGAGAGAAGCCCUUCGCGUGUUCCGAAUGCGGCAAACGCUUCAGUCAAAAGUCCGGCUGCGUGGCCCAUCAAAAAGUUCACAAAGGCAGCAAGCCCUUCGUGUGUCUGGAGUGCGGGAAGUGGUUCGCUAACGUUUCCACUCUCAGGCUCCAUCAGAUGAUUCACGUGGACCAGAAACCGUUUGUCUGCUCUCAGUGUACCCAAUGCUUUACUUCAAAGUCCGAGUUUGUCGCUCAUCAGGAAACCCACGCAGACAUCAAACCCUUUCCUUGUCCCGAUUGUGAGAAAUGCUUUACGAGCCGGGCGGACUGCGACCUACAUCGCGCGGUUCACGCGGGGGAGAAACCGCUCUCCUGCCCCGUUUGUGAAAAAGGUUUCAGCAGUAAGUCUGAACUUAACUUACAUCAGAAGAUUCACGUCGACCAGAAACCCUUCCUGUGUCCCGAAUGCGGGGAGAGCUUCGCUGACAAGUCCGACCUUGCAGAACACGAGCACAUCCACGUAGACCGGAAGCCUUCUGUGUGUACCGAUUGCGGAAAGUGUUUCCCCCAAGACUCCGAUCUGCGAGCGCACAAGAAAAUUCACGCCAAGAAGCCCCCGCUCACGUGCCACGCCUGCGGGAAAGACUUUAUCCGCAAGUCUGCUUUCGAUAAGCAUCUAAAAACUCACAAAAGGUAGAACCUGCCGCUCCCGAUACGACGAAUGUUUCAAUAGCGUAGAAACUGCUAUUAAUACUUUUUGUAGGGUAUUUAGUCGAACUCGAUACUUUCCGUUGGGCCACCGUAGAAGAUGUAAAGUUACAUGAACUCCCAGAGCCUCGGAGGUCUCUUCUCAUGUAAAGUAGUAACCUUUGCCGUGGGUCCAGUACAGCUAUAAUGGGGUCUCCACAGUUUGGACAGAAGAGCCAACU